AUGGAUAUAGAUCAGUGUAUGCUAGUGAAAGAAUUGAAUUUAAAUUGGAUUAAAAAUAUGCAUGAAAUUGAAAGACUCACAUACAUAUACCAAGUAUUACUGGGAGGCUUAUAUAUUGUAGUGCUUUCUGGGUUAGCUAUCGUUUUAUAUCGAGGCUUUAUAUAUCCCGGGUAUAUUGUGAAAGGCGAUGAAGUAUAUAUAGUAGAUUAUUCAAAGCCAGCAUCAUCAGUAUAUGAGAGAAGAGAAAGAAAAAUCAUGAAAUGGAAGUAUAUCAGGUUGCUUGCAUUCUUUUCUAUUAUUUUUCUAGUUAUGACAGGGAUGGUUAUAGAGUUAAUAACUUCUAGGUCAAAUAAUGAAUUGGCGGCAAUAGAAAAAAGCAUUAUAGAUAUGGAAGACCGUAUGAAAACAUACAGUACUCCAGACACUGAGCUGAUUUCCAGAAGUGCUAGAUCUGUUGCAAGCGAGUAUAGAACGAUAAAGCUGGACAAGUACUUCCCAAACCAAUACAAAGACCAUGUGUUAACAGCAACUCAUCUAGUGCAUAUCUCACCAGGAGCAGCUAGGCCCAUUGCUAGGUAUCCAAUUAAUGAAGAAUUUUUGAUUAGACUGAAAGUCACUGCGCAGUCUUUAGAAUUCUCAAAAUUAAUUAACAAGCAUCCUCUUUUCAACAAUAAUCUUUAA